AGCUUUUCCCUGUAACGAUUAGUACCAAAUCCGCAUGGCAGACACAAAUUAAAGAUGAUGCCAGGUUCAAAAAUAGUUCUUCCAAGCUCUAAUGCUGAUGAUUAUACUACAACAGCUCUUCAUAGCAUCGUGUCACGUAUUGUGAACCCUACAAGUGUGAAGGGUAGAAGCAGCAAAGAAAUCUACAAGAUUGAGAAUUGUCCGAGUUGGUGGCCAAAUGAUGUGCUGUUUUCUCCUGUGUUAGUGCCCAAGGCUGUCACGAAUGGUAUCACUUCUAUACACUGGAGAAAGAUUUUGGCAGCUUUCUUGGAGAAAUGUCCUGAGCAGUACACAAUAUCACCUCCAGUUGAUCAGCAAAACUCUGCCUCGGCUGAUCUACCAGAAUACCCACUGCUUGGUACAAAGAGAGCCAGGAUGAUGCCAGGCUCAAAGAUAGUUCUUUCAAGAGAAAUUUCUUCCAAUCAGCAAAACUCUGCCUUGACAGUUGAAACUGACCAACCAGAAGACCCUGCAGUUGGUACAAAGAGAGCCAGGAUAAUGCCAGGCUUAAAGAUAGUUCUUCCAAGAGAAAUUUCUUCCAAUCAGCAAAACUCUGCCUCGACAGUUGAAACUGACCAACCAGAAGACCCUGCAGUUGGUACAAAGAGAGCCAGGAUAAUGCCAGGCUCAAAGAUAGUUCUUCCAAGCUCUAAUGUUGAGGAAUAUUCUGGACUCAUUCUCCGUGGCACAAUUGCAGGCAUUGUGAACCCUAAAGGCAUCAGAAACUUCUACACAAAGGAUAAUUGUCCAAGUUGGUGGCCAAAAGAUGUGGUGUUCACUCCUGUGACAGGGCCCAAGGCUAUCGCAAAUGGCAUCACUAUUGGACACCAGAGAAAGAUUAUGGCAGCUUUCUUGGAGAAAUGUCCGGAGCAGUACACAAUAUCUCCCAGGAAACGGCUACUCUAUCCCACCUCUUCCCCACAAAGUUCCUCUGAAAGUUCCUCACUCGUUGGUGAUAAGCAACCAGUAAGAGAAGUCAGCCCACAAAGUUCCUCUGAAAGUGAUCAAGAAGAGCCUGUAGGAAUGAACCAAACACCACCUACUGGAGCUUAUCGUACCCGAUCAGUUGGAGCCACAAUCAGCACUGCUGCACAACAUGCAAGCCCAAAGCUUAUCCUACCCAGCUCUUGUGCAAAUGACUAUCAUCAAAGUGGUCUCACUUCGCUAAUUCGAAACAUUUUAAACCCCAAAGGGCGACACUUCAUAUACUCCAGUGCUAAUUGUCCCAGCUGGUGGCCGACUGAUGUACCAUUCAUUAGGACGGAAGAUAUGGAAACUAAAGACAGGAGAAAAGUACUGACAGCUUUUCUGAAGAAAUGCCCUGACCAGUACACAAUAUCACCUCCUGUUGGUCAGCAAAACUCUGCCUCGAUAGUUGAAACUAACCAACCAGAAGACACCAUCAUUGAUGUACAAAUGGAAUCUGAUGCUGAAUCUGAUGCUAGCAUACCAAGUGACCCGGAAGACCUGGUGAAUAGUCUAGAGCAGCACCUUCUGGAUUCUAGGAAAAGAAUACUCGAGGCUGAGAGGAAAGUUGAGGAGCUGACGGAAGAAGUCAAACGUCUCAGAGAAGAAAGGAAGUAUAUAGGUUCUAUUGUGAAACGAUCACGACUCCAUCACUAGCACUAGUGUUUAGUCCUCAUACCUAACUGUCCAUUUAUUAAUUGUACAUUGUGGUCACCUUGCCCGUCAUUCAUCCACUGUGCAUUCAGUCUUAUUGUAAUUAUAUCACAUUUC